AUGUCAAUCUAGACUUUUCUUAACCAGGAUCAAACUACGCAAUCCACGAAUUUACUCAGAUCUUUGUCAGACACUUACAGUCAGUUCUUUGCAAUGUCCAAGUAAUUAGGAGGAAAUGAGACCUCUCUAGUAUCAGCUUUAGGGGCUUUCGUGGCAUGCACAGUACUAACUCUAGUGAUUGUAACUGGCUAUCUGACUUUCAUGGUCUACAUCAGAAAUCAAAAACAAAUCAGUGGCCCAGUUAAAUAACCAGAGGGUUAACAAGCUGCAAAUAAACUGCCAAAUUAAAAUAGAGGCAAGCAAUAUGAAGAUCAAAUUGAAGACCUAGAUAAGGAAGAUAUACAUAAUCGAAUGUCGAAAUCUAAGACUCAAGCCUCUAUUGGGGGCAAAGCUGACCCCAGAUUAUCACUGCAAGGAGGUGGCUUUGCAAAUAAUAGAGCUAGCAGUGUGCACACUAACAUAAAGGCCAUCCAGGAGGAUGAAGUAGAUUUGGAUUUCGAAGAUGACGAGGAGAAAGCAAACAGUGGCAGAGGCAAAGACAAUAGCCUGAAGAAGGGGAACAAUAGUUUGAAGGUAGAGAAAAUGGAUUUACAGAAAAGCUAAACUUAGGUGUAGGAGAAAGCAGGAGUCAAGAGUAAUUAAGUGCCAGUUGAUCAAAGGCUUAAACAGGUAUAGGAGAGCCAGAAAUAGCAGUAGUAGUAAGUGGCAAGUCUGCAAUAAUAGCAACAACAGUAAUAAUAAUAGUAGCUGUUAAAAUUGUAACAAUAAUAGUAAUAGCAACUAUAACAAUAAAAGAAUCAAAUUGAAGCUAACGGAGCAUAACUUCAAAAGGAAAUCUUGAAACAGGAAGACAGGUCUUAAAAUAUAAACAUUUAAAACCAAAAUGACGACAGUAAUGAGUAUGAGAGUGAUGAAGAUGAGGGACAUUAGGAAGAUCAAAGCCAGGCCUAGGCUUAUUCAGACGAAGAAGAUUUUGAUUAGGCUCCUUAUGUUGUAGAGGAGAAGGUAAACACUAAAGUCUAGAUGGUGGAUCAAAAAGAGAUUGAGAAAUUAAAGAGACAGAAUGUAAUGGUAAAGUAAUCAGCAGAGGAUCAAGCACUUAGAGAUAGGAGUCUUAAAGAGAAGUAAAAUGACAGUAAACUUAACAUUGUAAAGAAAGAAGUCAACCCAAAUCUAAAGAGAUCGGAUCAAAAGAAGCACCCUCUUGAGUAGGAAAACGAAGAGGAGGAUUAUAGCUACUACGAAGAGUCAUGUGAGUCAGUGGAUAUGGACACUGCUGAUUAGCAGUAAAGAACUAAUGAAAAUCUAAUUGAAACUAGAAAGAAAGCGAUUCACCAGCCAAAGGGAUAAAAUCUUGAAGGCGCUGAUUCCUCUUUCAACUCAAGCAAGAGUAAGAAAUUUCAAAAAGCAGCUGGCGUGCCUAUCUAAAAGCAACUGCGAUGA